AUGGUAAAGGCUGGUGCUUUUGGGAUAGGUACUCCUGCUUGUGUAACCCUACCUUGCUAUCUUAUUGAUGAAGUAGCAGCCUGUCGAACAGGAGGAUCAUUAUAAACAGGCGGUGCAAAUACAGAGUGUGAUUCCUUGGAGACAUUUAGUCUUUAAUAUGACAAUGUUUGCUGUGAUAAGAAUUUUGGAAAAAUGAACUAUGCCUUCGUAAGAUUCACUAUGAAUUUUGAUGGAUUUGUCGAUUAAACCAAUGAUGCCACUCCAAUUCCUAUGGCAUCUUUGAAUGUUGCUACCAGUGUCAAAGAAAUGUUUAAAUUGUAUACAAUCAACCCUUGGAUUGUUUCUCAGGAAACAACUGAGGCCAAUUUCCAAAGCAAACUUCUUGCUAUCUUAAAUAAAUAUUUAGAGACAGCAACUCGAGAUGUUCUACUUUCGUAAUCAAGAUCUCACCCCUUCUACUUAGAGAGAACAGUCUACCAAUCCCUAUAAUUACUCAGGGAUUGGACUGUCAUUCAUAGGUCUACUAUUGCUCUUAGAAAUGCAAUUCUGCCUAAGAUUUGGAGUUUAGCUCUUGUUGCUUUAACUAGAAUGACGACAUUUCAACCCAAUUAUUAUCAGACCAACUAUUAUUUUAUCAACUUUGCUAUCAUUCCUUAUUUUAGAAACUCCCUCAAAAUUUCAGGUCAAUUACAUACUUUGACCAUUGAUUGGAGUGCUUACAGCUAUACUGAUAAAGGCUAUGUGAUGGUUUAUUCCUAUGCACCAGAGUAAUUUGGAAUUAUUAAAGCUUAUACUGAUGUUUUUUGCAUUCGCCCAUUCCUCGGAAGUACUGUCGCCUAUUCACCUACAGAAAAUAACUAUGAUAAUUUAUUUGCUUCACUUAAAUUUACUUAUUAUUGGUCAGAUACUACUCUAACUAUCACCGAUUCACAAGUUAAAUUAUUUAAAAUAAGCGAUGACACCCAAACUAUUGUAGACACUGGUGUUGUCUUUACUUGUGUACCUGCUUCAAGAACAUGUACAAAUACUGGAACUUAUUCACCCUCUCCUGUUCCUUCUGAUGGAAAAGGAUAAAAUUAUUUUAUAGCCCAUGUUAACUAUGAUGCAUCAUAAGGUGACAAAAAAAGAGCAUAAUGUAUCUUGGCUUACAAGACUUGGACAACUGUUUGUGCUUGA